CGCAAAAUUUUCAUUCUUAUAAAUAGAACGAUUACUUGUACUGAAUCUUUUACAUUAUAGUCUAGUUACUAUUUUGAAUAUGGCCGAUUUUAUAAAAUUUUCUCCAUUAUUAAUUUCCACAACAAUAAAACAUUAUCUUAAUGGACCACCUAGACCUUCGUGGGAUUUAAAAUGUCAUGUUACUUGGGCAGUUAUUAGAUCAAUUUUCUCAGUUUCAAAAUCCAAUGCUAAAACAACUGAGCAAAUGCAAGAGGAAAGUUUUCGUUCUGCUCCUGCACAAGCUGGUGUGAUGAUAAAUGAAUUCAAGAUAAAUAAUCAACAUGGAUAUGAAGCUCAAGUUCAUCUUGAAAAAAUUUUGAAACCUUAUGAACAUGUCUUAGAUACUGAGUGGAAAGAUUUGAAACAUGAUGGAAUUAAUGCUGAAUGGGUUCAAGUUCCUAAUGAUGGAUGGGAAACAAGGGAAAUUAGGAAAACGAUUUUGUUUUUACACGGUGGAGGUUAUUAUUUAUCUAAUAAAGAAUCCCAUCGUGGUAUUACAAGCUCUCUUGCUAAAAAAGCAAAUGCAAGAAUUUUAGUAAUCGAUUAUCGGCUUGCACCUCAAAAUCAAUUUCCCGCUGCAUUACAAGAUGCAUUGGCUGCUUAUUUAUAUCUCUUAAAUCCUCCAAAAGAUGCAUGGUUUGAACCUUUAAAUCCAAAGAAUAUUGUAAUUUCCGGUGCAAGUGCCGGGGGAGGUUUAAGCUUGGCUCUUGGUCUUGCUAUUCGUGAUGCUGGUUUGCCAUCAUGCGCUGGUAUCAUUUGUUGGAGUCCAAUGGUUGACCUUACACACAGCACGCCUUCAAUGUUAGAUGAAGAAAGUAUUGAUUUUCUUCCAAAUCUGGCGAAAGGUUUUGGUGUUACUCACGUAGAAUCUCAAGUUAGUAAGGAAUUUAAAGAAAAAGCUGCUGCUCUUACGGCAAAGAUUAAGAAACAAAAUCUUGGUCCCAAAAUUUGGCAUGAUUCUUUUGAUAGAUCUGACGAAAGAUUAGAAUUGUAUGCACCUAAUGAAGGUCUAGCAAUUCCAUAUGUUAGUCCAAUGUUAGCUGAAAGCUUGUGCAACUUAUCUCCUUUAUUGUUGGUAGCAGGAGAUGAUGAAAGAUUACGAGAUGAAAUAAUUUAUUUUGCUCACAGAUCUGCUGAACCAACUAAAUAUAAGGGUCCAUCUUAUGCUGGUAAAUUUGAAAAAUCUCCAUUCAAAACUCCGACAAAUACUACACUCGAAAUAUACGAAGAAAUGGUUCAUGUAUUCCAAAUUUUAGAACAUGAUAGCACUACAAAGUCGUAUGAACGUACAGUCGAAUUCAUAAAUAAAGUGACAAAGGUUCUUAAUGAACCACUUCCUCCUUCCUCUUAUAAUUGCAUAAAUGGUAAAGGAGAAUUUGGACCUUUAAAAGAACAUCAUAAAAAAGUUCUUAACUGGGAAAAUAUUGGUAUUGUACCAAAUAUCACACGAAACUAAUUCAAUUUUAUUUUACGUAGAAUUAAAAAAA